AUGGGAAUACUUGGUUAUGGAAUGGUCUUGACUUUUCGAGAUUAUAAGAAUGCUAAAUCGCCAUUAAAUAUUGGUGUUGGCAAUUUUCAUAACAACUUAUGUAUAGGACCUCUUCCAUCAUCAUUGAUCACGCAUAUUCAAGAACAAAUGGAAAAUGAUGAUUUUAACACAAUCUCCUUUGACUAUGGCAAAAAUUUUAGAAUGAAUAAGUUUUAA